AUGGAAGCAGAGAUCGAAAGUGGUCUCACGGUCGUAAGUGCCGUGGUCAUGCCUCCAGAGAAUGACAUUGUUCAGAUGGUUAUACGAAACGAGUCCAGUUUCACUCACAGGUUGAGUCAAGAAGAAACAGUAGGAGUCAUUGAGACAGAGGGAGUGCUAGACGCUCCACUUGAUGUGGAAAGUUCAGGCUACCUGACAAUCAACAUGGUCAGCGGUGAUUCUUUUGAGCAGAGGAAGGAAGAGCUUUUACAUUCGUUGACGCUGCCCGACCUUCUACAAGACGAGCUGAAGCAGUUGGAGGAUUUUCUGGUUGACCAUCACAACGUGUUUAGCCUGGGGAACGCGUAUAUGGAUGACAUUCUUGUGUACUCGCGCGCCUUGGGAGAACACCUUGACUACCUGAAACUCGUUCUCGUACGCUUACGCUCUGCUAAUAUCAAGCUUAAGCCGUCAAAGUGCGAGUUUGUCCGACCCGAGGUUGAGUAUCUCGGCCACGUGAUAACGGCGAAGGGACUGAAGGUUUGCCUUCGUCUUACCAGUGCAGUCAUUGGAAUUUUCACGGCCAAGUUCGAAGGAGUGGCGUUUGAGUGGUCCGCUGACUGCGAACACGCUUUCAAAUCGUUGAAAGAAAGACUCACAGCUCCACCGGUGCUUUCGUUCCCAUUAUUUAAUCAGGAGUUUACUCUGGAAACGGACGCAUCGACUCUAGGGCUUGGAGCAAUCUUGUCCCAACUGCAAGCAGAUGGCAAGCUUUAUCCUUUUGAUUAUGUUAGUCGGGCUCUUAACGAAGCCGAGAUAAACUACAGUAUAUCUAAAAUAGAAACCUUGGCUGUUGUCUGGACUAUUUCACAUUUUUUCUCUUAUCUCUAUGGCAACAGAGUUACUGUGCUAACCGAUCAUUCGGCUGUGAAGGCUAUAUUGGAGACUCCCAACCCUACCGGCAAGCACGCGCGCUGGUGGACCAAAGUUUAUGGUCGCGGUGUCAAGGUGGUGGUUAUUAAGUACAGGGCUGGACGGAACAACGUAAGUGCAGAUGCUCUUUCCCGGAGUCUUCAGGUUCCCCACUUUUGUGUGGCAUUUAGUCAAGGCGAGUUUCAGAUUGCGAUGGUGCAGAGCGAUCAGGAUAUCAGAGAAACGUUGAGAGCUGGUGCAAUUGAAGCGUUCGAAAACCAUAGCGAUUAUACUUCCGAGCAACGCAAAGAUCCACAGCUUAAGGAGAAUGCAGACUCUCUGUCUGAUGGCCAUCUGCCAGAGGAUGCCAAUAAGGCCAAGAUCGUGGCUUUACAAGAGUCGCUCUUUGUAUUGAUUGACGAAAUUUUGUACUACGUAGAACACAAGAUAACCACCGAAAGAGAGAAGUAG